AUGGAAAUCACUGACUGCGUCCUGGCCGACUGGCAGCGCUGUAGGCCGCGUGGUGCGGUGUUGCCCGCUGCUGGCCUCAGCGAGCUCCGCGACGCCAACCUUCUUACCCCUGCAGCUGAGCGUAGCCUCUUCGGCGCAGGUGAGGAGGCUGAUGGCGUGGUCCACUUUAUGCGCUUCUGGCAGGUCAUGGAGUCUGUCCACAGACAGCACAAGUCUUUGGACGAGGCACCACUGGUCAAGGAGUUGGCCUCCCUUCGCGAGUCACUUCUCUCCCGCCUGGACCGCAACGCAGGUCAUUUGUCGUGUCGAUGGUUGCAGGAGGCAGUGAACCGAGCUGCCCGUCGCUCCACCGAUCCAUCUGCGUUCCUGCCACUACAGGCCGCAAUAGAGGUCGUCGCCAGCGCGGGGCAGCCGUCACAGAGUAGCUGGUGGGGAGGCUCCAGUAUCAAGCUUGCCUUGGAUGAGCUUUCCACCUUGAUCCUGCCUUGGCUGCAGGAGCUGGUCGAAGACUAUCGGCGCGGCAACCGCAGCAGCAAGAUCUUCUGCGUGAAGGACGUGGCCGGCUGCCGCGUCAGAGAUGCUUGCGUCCACCUUGGUCGCAACAACUGGGACAUGGAAGCUGCGCUUCAGAGCUUCUACACCUCAGCUGAAACGAGCAAGAAGGCCAAGCCCAAAGCGGUGGCCUCCUCCUGGAGCACGGGUGGCGCAAAGCUCAAGAAGAGCGAAGUGGAUUGCCCGAUCUGUGCGGAGACGUACACAGCAGGCAAUGCAGCAGUCAUGACUCACUGCUGCUUCCAAGUCUUCUGCGAGCGGUGCCGGCAGCGAGUCACAGACACGGAAGGUCGUCUCAACUGCCCCUUCUGCCGCGGAGCUGACGGCUUGGCCCGUGUGGACGUGGACUCGGAGGAGGAGGCCCCUGCGCCCAGCCGAAUGCAGCAACUGCUUCAGGGCCCCCGGCACUUCGCCAUGCGGCUCUGCUCUACACGGGGCGCAGAGAGCUCGCGGAUGCACCCGACCCUCGGAUCGCUUUCCGAUGGCCUCCGUCAGUUGCUCCCCGCCUGCAUGCUCUGUGCCGCCGUGGUAGUCUGCAACAUCUGCGCCUCAACUUGA